AUGGCCAAACCGGAAAACCCGCCCGCCUACCCCGGCUCACCCCAGCCGCCCCAAGCCGCCUACUACGGCAAUUCCGGCAGUGGCAGCGGCGGUUACAAUAACUACAACACGCCGUACCAGCAGGGCCCCCCGAUGGGCUACAACAACCAGCAGCAAGGAUACGGACCCUACGGCGGCCAGCCCCAGUACGGUGGACAACCGCUCUAUGGCCAGCAACCGUAUGGUGGCCAGCCUCCGUAUGGCCAACAGCCGUACGGCCAACCCCCGGCCGGCUACUACCAGCAGGGCGGGUAUCCGCAGCAGCAGCAGCGGUCGUCGAGCGACGGCUGUCUGACAGCACUUUUGGGCACGGCGGCCUGCUGCUGCUGCCUGGACUGUCUGCUGUUCUAA